UAAGGCCCAAAGUAAAGGCAAGUUAUAGAUAAACCCUAGUAUUCAACACAUAUUUAUAACAACCUUUCCUACUUUUCAUAAUUUAGAAUCCUUAGAAAACAUCUUUUCAUUUUCUUGGAGAACAGGGGACUCGAUUUUCUUCUCCAGCAAAGCAACGUCGGAGCUUCAGUGAACUAGAGUAACCAACAAUGACGCACAAACCACUGCACGUCCCCUCUUCUCUGCCUCUUUCUUCUUCUUUUGCUUGAAUCUCCGAUGAUAGUCGGAGAAAAUUUCAGCUCUGGCGGGUAUUCACUAGAAUCAAGUCACGCACCACCACUACUCUGCGUUUCACCACUUUUCCCCCCUUGCUCGGUGGUUUUGGCUGGAGUUAUUCGCUGAAAUUUCAUUGGCCGUAUCGUUCUUUGUUUACAGAUCUAGAAAAGACCUUUACCCUGCCAUCAUUUUCUGAUCAAACACAUAUCAAAAUCUCUGCGCACAUCCUCUCUUCUUUAUCUCCUCUGCCCCUCAGAUCGUCACACCGUGUGAAUCUUACUAGAAACACACUUAAAAUUUUUAGAUCUAACUUUCUCUCUUUUCGUUUUCUUGGAGAACAAUUGACUCUGCCUUCUUCUCCGGCAAAACAACGCCCGAGCUCCGACGAACUAGAUUAACCAACGACACCGCUCAAAUCACUGCUAGUCCCCUCUCCUCUUCCUCUUUCUUCUUCUUUUGCUCGAACCUCUGAUGAUAACUGGAGAAAAUUUCAGAUCUGGCCGGUAUUCACUAAAAUCUGGUUACGCACCACCACUACUCCGCGUUUCACUACUAUUUCCCCCCUUGCUCUGUGUUUUUGGCCUGAGUUUUUGCUGAAAUUUCGUAGGCUGUAUCAUUUUUUUUUUUGGCCAUAGUCAUUUUUUAGAUCAGGAAACGACCCCUCUUCUGCCAUCAUUUUCCGGUCAAACAAAGAUCUACUCACGUUCUCUUUUAUUGUAUUUACUCCAUCCCUCACAUCGUCACACCAACGUGAAGCUCACCGGAUACACACUUAAAAGUUUUAGAUCCUUUUUUUAAAAAAAAAAAAUCUUGGAGAAUAGCCGAUUCAGCCAUUUUCUCCGGUAAAGCAAUGCCAGAGCUCUAGCGAAUUAGAUUAACCAAAGAAGAUGCACAAACCACUGCUCGUCCCCUCUCCUAUGCCUCUUUAAUUUCUUCAUCAUUUGCUCGAAUUCCCGAUGAUGGCUGGAGAAAAUUUCAGAUCUGGAUGGUAUUCGCUAGAAUUGGGCCACGCACCAUCAUUGCUGCGCGUUUCACCACAGUUUUCUCUUGCUCCGUGGUUUUGGCCGGCAUUUUUUGCUAAAAUUUUGUCGGUCGUAUCUUUCUUUGGCGACCCCUACCACGCCAUUAUUUUCUGGUCAAACAAAAAAUGGGAAUAUCCAUUCACAUCCUCUCUUUUAAUCUCCUCCACCCCUCACAUCGUCACACCACCGUGAACACACUUAAAACCUUCAGAUCUAACUAAAAAAUUAACCGGAUCUGAAAGUCAUUGCCGGAGAGUAUAUUUUUUCCGUGCUAAGUUUGUCGUUAUUUAUACAUUGUGCUUGACAAAUAUAUCCAUGAUUACUUGAUUAAGAAGGGGAUGAUUAAGACUGCUGAGACAUUUGCUGGUGAAGCUAAUGUGACUAAUCCCAUGGAUGUUGUUAUCAAAUCUCCGGAGGGUUUUCUGGCAGAAUGGUGGAAUGUAUUUUUUGAUAUACAUUCCGAGAGUGCUCACGAAUCCUAUGCUGAGGCUGCACAGGCUAUGGACAAUGUGGUACCUUAUAUCUAUUCUAUUGUGCCAACAUCUUCCCCUCAUUCUGCUAGACCAGCACAUAAUAUAUCUCCUGUGGUGCCGGCCUUUAGACCUGAGAAAUCGCAAGAUAAGUGUCAUCUUUUGACAGCCGAUGACGAAGUGACAUCUAAUUUAAAGUCUCUUGAGACGGAUCUUCCAAGUCAGAGGGUGCCAUUUGUAACCAAUUCUAGCCUUCCAAUGGAUCACAUUCCAAAUAUGUUUCAACAGUCGGAGGCCAAAGAACGAACUAUGCAGAUGGAACCAAAUCCCAAUACCCCUGGAAGUGCUACGCUUCCAAGGCCAGAAGAACCUUCUGAAGCAGAAACUCAUAUCAGAUUCUCUGCUGAUCUUCCUAUCAGGCUCUUCCUUUGGCUCUUGCUCUAUGAUGCAGCAAACUCCUUAAUCAAAUCAAGAUAUCACGGUUUCCGGAUCUUCCUCUUGGCAUGAUAUUAAGAAGGUGAUAACUUGAGAAAGCUUAUCAUUCAUUAGCUAUAAGCUUAUCAUUCAUUAGUUAUUAUACAGUACAUGUAGGCUAUAGCCUUGAGAAAAGACAAAUGAUUUUCUUUACUUCUUGAUCAUUUUAAGCAUUUAACUUUUUUUGUAAUCCAAACUUUACUCAUGAAUACUUGACCAUAAGUCGAAGACCAUUAGAUGUUGUUGCUUUCUCCCAAUUAUUAAAUGGCUGUUGAGAUUGGGGAGAAA